AUGGCCCCAGCAACGGCUACUAACAGCGCUCUCAUCCUGGAAGAGCCCUUCAUCCGGACACCGUACGAGCUUCUGCGAAGAUCUCACCGCUCUGCUCAACGACAGGUCGAGAAAGACUUUACAGCUGUUCAGACAACACUUCAAGCUUUGUUGAAAUCGCUGGGGUCCAAAGGGAACACCAAUGACUCUCGGGCGGCAGCGCUGAGUAAGGUGGAUCAGUCGGGAGAGCGGUUGCGGGGACUCAAGAGGAAGUUAGACGACCUUCAGCCUAGCUCAUCUGCGCCAAGUCCGCUCCGGAGUCGAGCCGAGUAUCUGUCCCGCCAGCUAGAACCCGCUCGGGCCUCUCGAGGCAUGAUGGAAACGGGCGCUGGAGCAGCUGAUGGCGACGAUGCGAUGGCUGAAGUGCGUGAAACGGCUGGGGAAGGAGGAGCGGAGGACAUCGCUAUGGAGGAUGCGGAUGUGGUCACGCCCGAAUGGAAGGAUAAUACGCUCGAUCGGUAUAUCGUCGACUACCUACUGCGGACAGGACGCAUGAAGACGGCACAGGCGCUAGCAGAUCGGCAAGGCCUGGACCAACUCGUAGAUCUGAAGCUAUUUGCGGAACUUACCAAGAUCGAGAAUGCCCUGGUCGAGAAACAGAGCGUGGUUGAGGCUUUGGCAUGGUGUGGCGAGAACAGAGGGACUUUGAAGAAGACCAAGAAUAAUCUCGAGUUUACGCUGCGAAUGCAGGAUUUUAUCGAGCUGUGUCGGAAACGCGAUAUCGUCGGAGCUAUUGCCUACUCACGGAAGAAUCUGUCGGCUUGGGCGCCCACGCAUAUGGGCGAGAUCCAGCAGGGGAUGACGCUGUUGGCAUUCGGGGAGAAGACAGGUGUAGGGUCUUACCGAAAACUCUACGACCGAUCCCGCUGGGAAGCCGUCCGGAGAGAAUUCCGGCAGACCUUCUUGACGCUCUACGCCCUUCCCUCCCAGCCCGUCCUCUCCCUCGCCCUCUGUGCUGGUCUCUCCGCACUCCGCCUACCAUCUUGUGCACGCCAUCAACCUCCUCAAUCUCCACUCGUCCCCCUCCUCCCCGCCGGACCUCCCCUGCAUAACUUCGAAGAAGCCCUCUUACCCGACCUCGACGUGUCCUUCCCGCACCUCACUGCACCCAUUGGCGGGGUCCCCUCCAGCGCCAGCGAGGAUCUUCACGAACACCCCGAGCAGGCAGUAGGGAAUGUUGACUGUCCCACAUGCGGCGCGGACAUGAAGGCCCUGGCGAAAGAAGUACCGAUGAGCCAUCAUGUCAAUUCGACGAUCGUGUGCCGGAUAAGCGGGGAGGUGAUGGAUAGUAAUAAUGAGCCGUUGGCGUUCCCGAAUGGUUACGUCUACUCGAGCAAGGCAUUGGCGGAGAUGGCCAAGAACAGCUUUGAUGUGGUUACUUGCCCAAGGACGAGGGAGUCGUGCGCUUUUAGUCGGCUACGGAAGGUAUACAUCUCAUGA